UUUGUGAGAAUAUCAGUAGAAUUAACAAAGGAAGGAUCUAGAGAGAGAAAGAGAGAGGAUCUAGAGAGAGAAAAUGGAAUGGAAAGAGAGCUAUUUGGAUGUGAUUUUGGUUCCUUUAGGAUUUAUGUUGACAGUGUGUUACCAUGCAUGGCUAUGGCAUAAGGUUCGAACUCAGCCCUUCACCACCAUCAUUGGAAUCAACAGCUCUGGUCGACGCUUCUGGGUUUCUGCCAUGAUGAAGGACAAUGAGAAGAAGAACAUUCUAGCUGUCCAAACUCUUAGGAAUGCGAUCAUGGGGUCAACUCUAAUGGCGACGACCUCCAUCCUCCUCUCCUCCGGGCUGGCUGCGAUUCUGAGCAGCACGUACAGCAUCAAGAAGCCGGUGAACGACUCGGUUUACGGCGCCCACGGCGAGUUCACGGUGUCUCUCAAAUAUGUGUCCCUCCUCACCAUCUUCCUCUUCUCCUUCUUUUGCCACUCCCUCUCCAUCAGAUUUGUGAACCAAGUGAACGUUCUGAUCAACAGCCCCCAAGACUCGUCGUCCCCCGUCACGCCCGACUACGUCUCGGAGCUCUUGGAGAAGGGCUUCGUCCUGAACACGGUCGGGAAUCGCCUCUUCUACUCGGCUCUUCCUCUUCUGCUUUGGAUAUUUGGACCUGUGCUUGUGUUUCUCUGCUCUCUCACUAUGGUCCCUGUGCUUUAUAAUCUUGACUUUGUUCUUGCCAAUGCUCACAACAACACCAAGGUGCAAGCCAAUGCUAAUGCUAAUCACAGCUUUGUGUAGCCAAUAACACACACAAACAAAUAUUGAUCAUCAGUUAAAGGUGGCAUAUUGGGAAUUUUGUCAUGGGAGUGAAGGUGUGAAAUUGAUUAACAAAGUAAAAAAAAAAGGUGUUUUUUUUAA